AUGUUCAAGUCAGUCGCGCGCAUCACAACAGGCCCAUCACUCGGCCGAGCACUCCCAAAAGUACGCCCAUCUCGACGAUUCGUAAGCACCGCGCCGCCACACCACCAGUCGCGGACGUGGAAGAGCUCGGCGACACGAUGGGGUCUUGCAGGAGCGCUGGUGUACUAUUAUAACACUGCUAGUGUGUUUGCGGAGGAGCCGGCAUAUGCUGUCCAUGCGCCACCAGAGACACAGCACGAACGAGAGACAUACCCGACCGUCGAGGCAGUCGCAGAGCAACGGCGAAGCCAGCCCAAAGCAUCACUCGCGCCCGAUUCGCACCCUUCAGCGGUAGCAGCUGCUCCAGAUGCGGAAUCCACAGCUCAGGGCUCACCUGAAGCUCUGGAAGAGGAGGCAAGCCAGCAGGGAGCGUUCAACGAGGAGACAGGCGAGAUCAACUGGGACUGCCCAUGUCUAGGCGGCAUGGCAUACGGACCUUGCGGCGAGCAAUUCCGGUCCGCAUUCAGCUGUUUCGUCUUCUCGAACGCUGAUCCGAAGGGCGUGGAUUGCAUCGAGAAUUUCAAAGGGAUGCAGAACUGCUUUAGGGAGCAUCCCGAUGUCUAUGGAGCGGAGCUGGAAGACGACGAGGCGCCGCCCGAAGAAGGUGAAGAGCCAGCUUCGAUGGAGGCGAGGAAGCCUGCGGACGAGGGUGCGGCAAAGAGCGCGGAGAGCCCUACUGGAAGAGGAUCGCAGUCGGAGACUUCGCGACAGCAGGCAGUUGGUUCGACACCAUCACCUCAGGUACACCAGGAUCAGGCUGCUACACCACCAUCAUCGCAGGACGACGUUCAGCAGCAUGUGGACGCGUCGAAGGCGGAGGACAACCUCGUCCCAAAGUCAUGGCAUGAUGGGAGGUAA